ACGCUUCCGUUCGGGAGGUGUUUACUUCCGGUGUGCUCCCGCCAUUGUGUGUCAUGGACCUGGCGUGGAUUUAUCAUACAAACUGAGAUAAACCGUCAUUAAUCUGCUUUUUAUCUGAUUUCCUCUCGGGUUAAUAAUUCCUGAGGAGCUGCUUUAAUCUGCAGAGAGAGAGAGACCUUCACCAUACGCAGUGAAGAGUUCUGGAUUCUGAUUGCUCACUCUGUGUGUGUGUGUGUGUGUGUACACACACUCAGGUUGUGAUGAUGGUGUUGUCAGGGUUACGGUUGUCACGGCAGCAGCUGAAGCGGUUGGAGGAGCACCGGUACAGCAGUGAGGGUAAAUCCCUCCUGGAGCCGCUCCUGCAGCCAUUCUGGUGCUGGCUGGUGGAGAGAGUUCCCCUGUGGGUCGCCCCCAACCUCAUCACCUCCAUCGGCCUCGCCCUCAACAUCACCACCACACUCCUCCUCGCCUAUCACUGUCCUACCGCUACUGAGCAGGCUCCAACAUGGGUGUACCUGUCCUGUGCUGUAGGGCUGUUUCUCUACCAAUCACUGGACGCCAUUGAUGGUAAACAGGCGAGACGGACCAACAGCAGCACUCCGCUUGGAGAACUCUUCGACCAUGGCUGUGACUCGCUCUCCACUGUGUUUGUGAUUCUGGGGACGUGUAUCGCGGCUCAGAUGGGGACGAAUCCUGACUGGAUGUUCUUCUGCUGUUUUGUGGGCGUGUUCAUGUUCUACUGCGCUCACUGGCAGACCUACGUCUCAGGAACGCUGCGCUUCGGCAUUAUUGAUGUGACUGAAGUGCAGGUCUUCAUUAUGACCGUGUACCUGCUGGCUGCACUCGGAGGAACUGCUCUCUGGCAGUUUGUGAUUCCGGUACUGAAUGUCCAGGUGAAGAUGAUUCCUGCCUUCCUGACGCUCCUCGGUGCCAUUUUCUCCUGUACAAACUACUUCCGGGUCAUCUUCACAGGCGGGAUGGGCAAAAACGGCUCCACCGUCGCGGGGACGAGUGUGCUCUCUCCAGCGUUCCACAUCUCCGUGGUGUUGGUUCUGGCCGUGUUGGUGUAUAAAUCCUCAGCAGAGCAGCUGUUUGAGAGAAACCCAUGUCUCUUUGUGUUAGCGUUCGGCUUCGGCUCCGCAAAACUCACCAACCGCCUGGUGGUCGCCCACAUGACGAAGAGUGAGAUGCAGCACUGUGACGCUGCGUUUGUUGUGCCGCUGCUGCUCUUUAUUAAUCAGUACUGUAACAGUUUCCUCAGUGAACACUUCCUCCUCUGGGGGGCGCUGGUGCUCUCUGCGUGUGAUCUGGUGUGUUACUGUACGAGUGUGUGUCAGCAGAUCGCCGCCCACCUCAACAUCAGUGUGUUCAGCCUUCAGAAACCCAGAACCUGCCGCAACAACCACCACUAACACACACACACACACACACACACUUCCGUUCUCCUGUUACACUCUUGCAGCCGGUCAGUCACUCCAGUGAACUAAAGAACCCUAGUGAACAUGCACGCGCAGAACCAUGUGACUUUUCUCCAGAACAGAAAUGUUGUAGUUUGAUGAAUUAAUUAUAGUUAUUUUCGUAUUUCUGUUACAUGUUAACGUUUGUUAUUUUUCUGGUAUAAGCUAACGUUAAUCACUGAAGCGAAACUUUUCUGUUUGUUUUUAAUCAAAAUUAUAAACAGGAAGUGGAUUCUCUGCUGAUCUCACGCACUCCUGCCCUACACAGAGGAACACUUCGAGUUUAUUUAGUUGUUACAUGGUUUCCCGGGGGGGGGGUCAUAAAUACUAUACUGUAGAUUUUCAUCACUUUUAGAGAAAUAUUAACGCACACACACACCUGCUGCCAAUAAAAGGCUUCUGAUGAGCAUGAGCAGGUGAGUUCACAUCAGGAAGUCCUAAAGUGGAGCUUUAACACAGCGGAGGCUCUGACUUCAGCUUAUUGUAUCCUGCUUUACUCACAACCUGUGUGUGUGUGUGUGUGUUAGAGUAGAAGUGUGAGAGCUGCAGGACUACGGAUCUGGUUAGAGGAUCAGAUUAAUGCUUGCUGUUUCCUGCUUUGUGUUUUGGGGCGUGGCCUCUGUCCAGUCCUGGUGUGGGUGUGGUCAAUGUUGUUUGUUAUAACAAUGUACGUGUUUACUUAUUAGUUAUGUUGCACUCGUUCACCGGACCACAAGUCUUCCAAAAAAAAAAACUGAAGAACUGUUUUGUGAUUAGAAAUGAAUGUGCUGCUGAGCGAGCUGUAAAACACGCUGUCCCGGGUUCGGAUGCUGUUUCUUUAACGCGCCCUCGGUGACUUCCCCAAAGUGUUUCACACACUAGCAUGCUAACUAGCUCACAACAAUCAAAUGUAUUAAAAGUUCUAAAAUACUUGAAUUUCUUUUGAUUGUUUGUUUCUCGCACACACCCCCCCCGCUUCACGCAGUGCAUUCUGGGCAAAUUUCUGUUUAUCGAAUGAACUUCCUCCAACCCGGUGAUGUGAUGUAACUUCUCAGCUCUGACCCUGGCCACGGCGGGGAAGUGGACGAGGGAGCGUUAGAAACAGGAUUGGAACACUGUGGCGGACGGUGAUGAUGUCACUAAUUUAAACUCCGCCUCUGAACACUGCGAGAGUACUGACUCGUUGAAUCCGUGUUUACACUCCUGAGUUAAUGUGACGAGCUGAUGAUCACGUGCCUUCCUCCUUUAUUUUGCGCUCUGUUAAACUCUAUGCACACGCGGUGUUUUAAACUCUAAUCUCACGUCAUGUUUUUCAUCCUUCGAUGAGACGCACAUCGAGUUACUCACGUGUUAAAGGUGCAGUAAGUGUUUUUGUAAAAAAGUUACAGUGAGUAAAAACGGCUAAUUCUCUUCUCAUAAAGUGUUGGGUAUUUUAUUUAUUUAUUUUAAUUUAUUUCUUUUAAAUCCUGCUUUAAACCGCUGUCAUUCAGGUCUCUGAGUUUUAUAAAAACUGUGUUCUGUAAUCAGAUAUGGACUUCCUGCUUCAAUUUAACACCUUCACUGUGUGCUUCAUAACAUUUACAAUAACUCCUGUAAAUUAACCAACUAGACACAGUAAUGCGUGUGGGCGGAGCUAGAAACUAGACAGUGCUGGUCACUGAUUGGUCGAACACAGUGAUGAUAAUUGAUAGCCGUGUAACUCAUCACUAGAACUGAUUUCUCCUGUUUCAUCUUCAAAUUAUGACCCAUUCACACGUUCUUACUUCUUAUUCACCAUUUAUGUUCACUACAUAGUGCACUACAUGAUUAAUAAAACACAAUUCAACCACGGAAACUGUACGAAUCUGUUGUUUGUGACGUAAACAUGUUGCUCUUUCCAGGCCCCUCGAGCAGACUACCUCAGUACCUCCGUUUCGCACCUUCAGCUUGUUUAAAGAGAAUCUGUUCUCACUAAGCCCCUCCCCCUUUUCUUUCUGUUGUGUUCUGGCUGUAGAUCAAACAUCCAUAACGUUCCUGCGAUGUGUUUUGAGGUUUAUGUAGUAAAUAAACACUGAGUAAAUGUUUUUGUGUCACACAAAUGCACUAAACUGACUAAAACCAUGGGGUUGCGCUCCAUUUCCUCAUUUCUACACACAUCACUGUUAAAUCGCAGUGCGACUGCAGCGCUUUUAAAUCUACCUUUAAACUUUGGAAGGCAUGGCCUAAGGGGUGUGGCCGGUAGGUCCUGUGAAUAUUUUGCUUCCAAGGUGGGAGGUAAUGUUAAAUCAGUAAAAUGAUGCACAAAUUGAGAAUGCUUAUUGCAUCUUUUAAGGUUCAAUUUUGCAUAUGUAAAUUAGGUGGGAGGAGUCGACAGUGUUUUGUUCUGUUUGUGAGACUAAAACACAUUAAAGGUGAAGUGCGGAGUGAUUAAAGGGGCAGUGUUUGGAAUGUGUGUUAAUUCUCCUGUUAACGCUCUACCUCUUUAACACUCAGCUGUGUGUGUGUGGUGAUUAAUUUCCGCACAGUCCUUAAAUAAACAUCUGUAACGUU